AUGACUGUAUAUUUCAUGGGUAUCUCGGAUGGUGAGAAAAAAACCCGUUCGAACAGUUUGACCUUGAAUCUUUUCAAGCGAAUCUCUGGCCGCAAUCGACGGAAGGAGAACAGCAUAUCGCUCAGUGGCAGUUUACAUGCAAACCCAAUGGAUAUGGCGUUCGAAGUCGAACUGGGGAAUAUUCGAAGCUACGAAAUUGUGACUCCCGUCACGAUCACCCUCAAUCGACCGUUGCUUGUGUUUGGCCCACUCAAGGAACGCGUCAUUGACGCACUCCUGCAGGAUCCAAAAUUUACUUCUUGUGUUCCACACACAAGUCGACCUCCACGGCCUGGAGAAUUGGACGGUGUGGACUACAACUUUGUGGGUUCCAAAGCGCAAAUGGAGGAACAAAUUCGAGCGGAUCGUUUUAUCGAGGUCGGCCAGUUCCAGGAUCACUACUACGCGACCAGUGUGGAUUCCGUGCGUCACGUGUUACAAUCCGGUGAAUUGCCAGUGGUCCACCAACCUGGCCGGAUGUCGUUUUUUCGUCUUCUCACUUUGGUGGGAAAAUACUUCCGCCACGAGAAGGCACACGAGGGUCUUCAUCCGAUCUCUGUGUUGCUUAAACCCCUAUCGGUCCUGCAUCUAAGAGCCAUCCAACGACGUCUGACGGAGGAUCAGGCCAAUCAGGCCAAACGGAGUAUUGAUUUGGCUCUGCGACUCGAGGCGGAUAAUUGGCGUCUGUUCUCCAGUACGCUUAUCUCUGGUGUAUUUGUUCCCUUUCGGUUAACAAAUACUGAUUCCCUGGACACAUGUUACUUGCUUACUUUUUUACUUAACUACGACUGGAUCAUUGGAAAGGAUAAGCCGACUCCACGAAUGUCUCUGAUUGCCGCCGUAGAAGAUAUGAUCAUGUAG